AUGCUCUUGCGCCAAAGUUUCUCGACUGUGUCGGCAGGACGUCGUGUGUUAUGUUCGCUGCAGGAGUUGCAAGCCCUUCAAGGUAAAGGACUCAAGUUUCCUAUACACUCUCCAAAACCGAAACAAGCGAUGCAAACAUCUGACGUAAAGACGACAUCAAAGCCUCGUCAGCGUCGAGAAUUACUGACAACUGGUUUCGUGUUUUUCAAUGAGAAGACACAACAGCCCCGCGCCUUCAUCAAUAGGUGUCCACACGCACUAUUGGAGCUGGACUUUGACGACAGCGAUUUCUUCUGCGAAGGCUUUAUCCACUGCAAAGCUCAUGCUGCAUUCUUUGAUCCAGAUACAGGAAUCUGUCUGCAAGGUCCUAUUUCGUCGCGAAAAGCUUUGAGGGGUCUCGAGGAACUUCGAGUGGUAAUUGAUGGCAAGGAUAUCGUGCUACUGGCAGAGCAAGCCUAUAAGUGCAUUUCGUCUGUGCCACGUUAUGACAACCGAGAACAAUUGGAAGCUUACAAACGCGAUAAACAACAAGAACUUGCAGAGGCUCUUUCAAACCGGUCGGACGUGUCAGAGGUGGAAGAAAUGCAGCAAAGAUUGCAUGAGAAGACCAUGGCACGGCUAAAGCAAUACGAACAGAUCGACGGAGCUGCUCGUCACAUGAAAUGA